UUUUUUCCUCAACUUUGGCAGGGAAAGUGAGCCCUUUUACUCACCUCAACUCCCUGGCAUUCCUAGCUCCUUUUCGGAAUUUCUCCUUCAGGCGCACUUUUUAAGAUUUCCAGUUUCCUCUUCAGGCGACCUUUUCGACUUGCAAAAAACAAGUGACUUGUCUUUUCCCCUGCCGCUCAAUGCCGCCGAAAGCUGCGUCGGUGCCGCGGUGGCGCCGCAAAACCAUAAUGACCGCCAGAAAAUCCAUUCCUAAAGUAACCAAAUCCACCGGUUCCCCCACUCCCUCACCAUCCACCACCACCGCCGAUGCCGCUGACGUCAUCACCACUCUCUCCGAUGAAUUGUCUCCCAACUCUACCAAUUCUAAAGGCAUCAGUGAGCAAUCCCUGAUCUCCCAAGUUCCUGAAACAACAAACACGGUUAUGAAUAUUGGGGAAACCACCGCGGAAACCUUGUUGAGCUCGCCGGAGGAUAAGAAACUGGAAAUUGAAGCUGCUGGAGAGCAGAAAGUAGGAGUUGGUAAGAAAAAAGUGGUGAAAAAGACUGUAAGGAUUGUCAAGAAGAUUGUUAAGAAAAAAGUCCCCAAAUCGAAGAACAAGGAAUCAGUCAAAGGUGGGGAAAAUAGUGACAGAGAAACUGUUUCGGAUUCAUUGGUCACCUCUUCAGGCAUUAUUGAAUCAGAAACUGAAAUUUUAGAGCCUACUACUGUUGCUACAGUUGGUGAGGUUGGCGACCCAAAAAAAGGCGAUCAUUAUCCAGUAGAAGUUGAGAAAGGUACUAUCGUUGCGGCUGAAGAUAUCUUAGGAAACGAUGGAAUGAAGGAUUGUGAGGUUAGUGUAUCUAAACAUGAAUUAGAGCUUCCCAUUUCGGAUGCAAAGGGUAAUAUAGGUUCUCUUGAGACAGGAAACGUAGUUCUUCAUUCAGAAAAAGGUAACCUUCGUCCAGUUAAAAAGAUUGUCAAGAAGAUUGUAAAGAAGAAAGUCCCCAAACUUAAAUCUACUGUUAGUCCUCCAGAAACUGAAAAUCUGGAGUCUUGUAAGGCUGUAUCAGCUAAUGGCGAGCUGUCAAUGAAAUACAAUCCACAUCCUAUGGAAGUUGAGAAAGCUACUAAUGUGAGUGCAACCCAAAAUACAUUAGAGCCUCUAGUUUUGGAAUUUAAAGAAACUACUUUUGUCGAGACUGCUGAUACAGUUUCUCAAGCUGCACUUCUUGAUUCAGAAGCAGGUAAUCUUAAUGUUUCUACUAGUGACAAUUUGGACUCAUGUAAGGAUCAAAAUUUGGUAGAAAACAGUCAGAGCAGGGAUGAAACAAUGGAAGCUGCAGAUACUAGUCUGAGGUUGAACCAAGGAAUAGUAUUGAGUGGGGAAUUGGAGGCAUUAGAGCGGAAGAAGAGGCGGAGGACAGAGAUUUUCAUUGGAGGAUUAGACAAGGAGACAAAGGAGGGUGAUAUUAGGAGAAUCUUUGAGGAGGUUGGUGAGGUUGUGGAUGUAAUAGUGGUGACAAAUCGUGAAACAGGGAAGAACAAGGGGUUUGCGUUCGUGCGGUUUGCUUCCGCGGCUGAUGCAAAGAAGGCUGUAGAAAGAUAUUCCAAAGUUGAGAUAUCUGGAAAGCAAUGUAGUGUAUCCCUUGUUGAGGGUAAUGACACAAUAUACCUAGGCAAUAUUGACAGGAAAUGGAAGACUGAAGACGUAAUUGAUCUACUGAAGAAGGCUGGAAUUGAAAAUAUCGAUAAGGUUACAGUUAUGGCUAAUCCUAAUAACAUUGAGCAGAAUCGAGGGUUUGCAUUUGUUGAACUUGAAACAAAUAAAGAAGCUAAGAUUGCUUUCAAUAAGCUCCAGAAGAAGGAUGUUUUUGGGAAAAACAUGAAUGUAAAAGUUGCAUGGGCGCAGCCUUUAGUUGAGCCAAAUGAAGAAGAAAUGCUAAAGGUUAAAUCAGUUUAUGCUGAAUAUUUACCUUCCACAUGGAAUGAAGAGAAAGUGCGGGACUACUUUGUCAAAUUUGGUGAAAUUGAGAGUGUUGUUCUUGCAAAAGAUCUUGCUUCCUCAAGAAGAAAAGAUUUUGCCUUCGUCAAUUAUAUAAGCCGUGAGUCUGCUCUAGCGUGCAUUGAGGCAUUCAGUCACGAACCAGUCAACGAAAGUGGAUCCAAGGUAAACUUGAAGGUAUCUCUUGCCAAACCCGUCCCUAAGAACAAGCAAACUAAACGUGCAACUGUUCCUACUAAAAGGGAACCUCGUGAGGUGAAGAUAAUACAGGACCCAUCUAUCUCGAAGAGGAAUGAACCCAACAAAAAGGUAAAUUACAUGAGAAGAUAUACUGAGGAUCAUAGAGUCAAUAGAGGAUCUUCUGCAACCAAUGAACUUCUGCACCUCUUGAGACAACAAGCGCCAGCUGGUCAGAUCCAUUCAGGCUCAGGCAUUGACCAUCGGUAUUUGUUAUCUCGAAGCAAGCGGCCACUUUCAGCUGUAGUAGAUAAUCCACAUCGUAUGGAUUCCGUUGGAGUUUCUCGAUUGCGGUUAGAAAGCUCUUUUCCAACUGCAAGCCAAAGUAUGUUAUCACAUAGCCGUGGACCCCUUGCUACACCAUCUUUUGCCUAUUAUCGCCAGCUAGGCAGUGGCCAGUCACCAGGUUCAGUUUAUGGAGUCGGAAGCUUUCCGAGUUCUUUUCAGUCUCAGGAGCGCGGUCCUUAUGGUGGACAUAGUAACAUAUAUCGUAGAUAUUGAAGGAGCGAUUUUGGAAAUGCGGCUGACCUGAAUGUUUCUAGCAAGACAUGUUAUACGCUGACAAAUUUGAAAUCCAAUUUGGGAGUUUUGAUAUGUAAAGCUAACACAUCGAUGAUCUUGUUAAAUUAUAUGCAAGCUCAUACUAAUGUUUUCUAGUUGAGUAAUGUUCAGGGGUUUUUGCCAUUUCAUAUGUGGCUAAGACCCUCCUUUCCCCCUCCCCUCGGCCCCUUCCUGUAGUCUGUGCAAAUUUUGGCCAUUUGUAUCUUCAGUAAGUAUUGACGGAGUUUGGUUGA